AUGUUUGGCAGACCAGAAAUGGUUUUGGAUCUUAAUCCAAAUGAUUAUCCAAUAAUAUUUCGCAAUGAGGGAAUUUGGCCAGAACGGCGUACUUUCGAAACCUUCAUUUAUCAUCGUAAGGUGCAUAGGGAAGAGUUUUUUCGAGGCGUGAGUGGACUAUUGACAACAACUGGCGAGGAAUGGGCAAAAAUACGUACCGCCGUUAAUCCAGUUCUAAUGCAACCUAAAAACGCCAAACUCUACUUAAACACGUUAUUGGAAGUCAAUGAUGAAUUUCUCGAAAGAAUACGUCACAUACGCGAUCCUUUAACGCUCGAAGUUCCCGAUGACUUUCAUGACGAUAUUAAUCGCCUCACUUUAGAGGGCGUAGUAAGUAUCGCACUGAAUACCCGCUUAGGAAUGAUACAUAAAAAUCGUGAUAAUCCGGAAAGUAAAAUAUUUUUGAAAGAAAUCCGCAAUUUUUUCGAUCUAUCCGAAGAGGUAGAAAUCAAGCCAUCCAUUUGGAAGAUAAUCAAAACACCGAAGUUUUAUCAACUAAUGAAAACAUUGGAUAAGCUUACAGUGUUGUGCAAUAAGUAUAUUGAUGAGGCGCUAAAACGAAUUGAUUUGGAUAGUGAGGGGAAAUUCACCUCCGAGGAAAAUAAGGAAAAGAGCGUUUUAGAGAAACUAUUGAAAAUUGAUCGCAAAAUCGCUGUGGUUAUGGCUUUGGAUAUGAUGAUGGCUGGCGUCGAUACAACAAGCUCCACCUUAACGGGCAUUUUAUUUUGCAUUGCUAAA